GUUGUCGCAGCAGCAGAUGAUGAAACUUUUGAUAAGUUGGUGAUACACUAUAACAAGAAUGACAACAACAAUGAUAACAAUAACAACAACAUGUCUUCAGUUUCGUUGGUCAAGAGUCAAUGUGGUCGGUCAGCUGCUCUCAAUGCAGGAGCGAGAAACGCCCGAGGAGAAGUCUUGCUAUUCUUGCAUGCAGAUUGUUUGCUUCCAAGCCGGUGGGACAUGGAGGCUCGAAGAUCUUUGCGGAAGAGAAGCACCAUAGCCGGCGCCUUCUCCUUCGACGUGGACUGCGAAGGUCUGGACCCUCCGACGGGACUUGAAGGGAUGAAGGAGAUGGCGCGGAUCCGAAGCAAGUACCUGCAGCUUCCUUACGGCGAUCAGGCGCUCUUCAUCUCGCGCUGUCGCUUUUGGUCAUUGAGAGGCUUUCCCGACAUGCCCCUCAUGGAGGAUUAUGCGCUUGUUACGUCGCUGCGCCGCAUCUGCCUGCAUGAAACGCUGAGGUGCUGGAACCCCAUGCGCAUCGACAUCUUGCAAGCCAAGACCAAGUGCUCAGUUCGUCGAUGGCGAUCCAAGGGAGUUGCAACAGUCACGCUAGUCAAUCAGAUCGUGGUGAUCAUGUACUUUUACUUUUGGAUCAGCCCUCCCACGUUGUACGCCCUGUACUAUGGUAGAAGACUACCAGAUAAAGUCUGACGUGAAUGUACUAUGGUAGAAGACGAACAGAUAAAGUGAAUGUACUAUGGUA